CGGCAGCACCGGGGGGCGGGAACCCGGGAACACCCGCGGGCCCGCUCCGGUCACCAUGGCAACCCCGCGUCACAUGGGCCCCACCGCCGCUUCCGCUUGCCCUCUCACCCCCAAGAUGGCGGCGCCCGUGGGACCGGUGAAGUUUUGGAAGCCGGGCACGGAAGGUCCUGGUGCCAGUGUCUCAGAGGAGAGACAGAGUCCUGCUGAGAGUAGUGGCGUAACCGUCAUCUAUAAUCCUUAUGCCUCCCUUUCUAUUGAACAACAAAGACAAAAGCUGCCUGUUUUUAAGCUAAGAAAUCACAUACUUUAUCUAGUGGAGAACUAUCAAACUCUGGUGAUUGUUGGGGAAACAGGUUGUGGGAAAUCAACACAGAUUCCACAAUACCUGGCGGAAGCUGGCUGGACAGCCGAGGGAAGAGUUGUCGGAGUGACGCAGCCUCGUCGGGUUGCUGCUGUUUCAGUUGCAGGCCGAGUUGCUGAUGAAAGAGGUGCAGUGCUGGGUCAUGAAGUUGGAUAUUGUAUUCGCUUUGAUGACUGCACGGAUCCACAGGCUACAAGAAUUAAGUUUCUAACUGAUGGUAUGCUGGUGAGGGAGAUGAUGGCUGAUCCUUUAUUGACAAGAUACAGCGUCCUGAUGCUGGAUGAAGCCCAUGAACGGACUCUGUAUACAGAUAUUGCCAUUGGCUUACUAAAAAAGGUCCAAAAGAAGCGUGGAGAUCUUCGACUGAUCGUGGCUUCAGCCACCUUGGAUGCAGAGAAAUUCAGGGAUUACUUUAAUCAAAACGAUACCGGUGACCCCAGCAAGGACACCAGUGUGAUCCUCACUGUCGAGGGGAGAACGUUUCCAGUGGACAUCUUCUACAUCCAGAGUCCUGUUCCAGACUAUAUAAAAUCGACUGUGGAAACUGCAAUGAAAAUUCACCAGAUGGAGAACGACGGUGAUAUACUGGCAUUUUUAACUGGCCAGGAGGAAGUGGAGACUGUUGUUUCAAUGCUCAUAGAACAGGCUCGGGCCCUUUCUCGCACCGGAAUGAAAAAGCAUCUCCGUGUUCUCCCCAUGUAUGCGGGGCUGCCUUCUCCUGACCAAAUGAAAGUGUUUGAGAGGGUUUCUCACAGUGUCCGGAAGGUGAUAGUAGCCACCAACAUUGCUGAGACCUCCAUCACAAUCCACGGAAUUGCGUUCGUUAUUGAUUGUGGUUUUGUGAAGCUUCGGGCCUAUAACCCCAAAACAGCCAUCGAAUGCCUCGUGGUGGUCCCGGUGUCUAAAGCCUCGGCUAAUCAGAGAGCAGGGCGCGCAGGACGGAACCGCUCUGGCAAAUGUUACAGGCUUUAUACAGAGGAGGACUUUGAGAAGCUGCCCAAGUCCACUGUCCCUGAGAUGCAGCGCAGUAACCUCGCUCCGGUCAUCCUGCAGCUCAAGGCUCUGGGAAUCGACAACGUGCUCAGGUUCCCCUUCCUUUCGCCACCUCCUGCACAGUCAAUGGUGCAAGCUCUAGAACUGCUGUAUGCUUUAGGAGGUUUGGACAUGCACUGCCGAUUAACAGAGCCUCUUGGGAUGAGAAUAGCGGAGUUUCCUUUGAAUCCCAUGUUUGCAAAGAUGCUGCUGGAAUCAGGCAAUUUUGGCUGCUCCCAGGAGAUUUUGACAAUUGCCGCCAUGAUGCAGAUUCAAAACAUUUUUCUGAUCCCUCCAAAUCAAAAAGCUCAGGCUGCCAGGCAACACAGAAAGUUUGCUGUGGAGGAAGGUGACCAUCUCACCAUGCUUAAUGUUUAUGAAGCCUUUGUCAAACACAGCAAGAGCUCUCAAUGGUGUCAGGAACACUUUCUCAACUACAAAGGGCUUGUUAGAGCUUCUGUUGUAAGAGAGCAGCUGAAAAAGCUUCUUGUCCGCUUUAAAGUGCCAAAGAAGUCCAGUGAAGGUGAUCCAGAUCCUGUUUUGAGAUGCAUAGUUUCUGGAUUCUUCGCUAAUGCAGCUAAAUUCCACUCAACUGGAGCCUACAGGACUAUCCGUGACGACCACGAACUUCAUAUCCACCCCACUUCAGUGUUGUACGCAGAGAAACCUCCGCGCUGGGUAGUCUACAAUGAAGUCAUACAGACUGCUAAAUAUUACAUGAGAGAUGUGACUGCCGUUGAAUCCGCGUGGCUCUUGGAACUGGCACCUCAUUUUUACCAGCAAGGAACGGUACGGAAUCGGCAUAAAGCCCAAACGCAUCUUUCCUUGAAAGCAAAAAGGGCUAAAGUAGAUGACCAGUGAUUUGACAUGACCUAAGUCCUGUGACGCCAGAUGCAGAACCUAGCAGUGAUUUCAAGCUGGCUACAGUCCAUUCAGCAGUCAGUUCAUUAGCAAUUUGAUCUUAUAUCAACGUAAAUGUUUAAAUGCCUGCCAGGAUCUGUAGGGGCUUAUGCAUGACCAGUACACUGUAAACCUAGGUAGAGCUUGCAUUGUGGCCAAUUUUAUUCUUUGCCUACUUGACCACUGUUGUUAAUCUGGGCAUGAUACUCCUUUUAAAUAGGUAGAAAAAUAAUUUAAAAAGGAAGAGGACAUACAGGACUCCAAAAAACUGAAACCUUCAAGAAGGAAUGUGGUUUCCUGGAGUGGUUCGGCUGCCUUAUGAGAGGGGGGAGCGGGGUACCCUGCGUCCCAUCACCCAGAGCACUGUGACCAUUGCCGCCCAAACCGGGGCUGAGUCCUGGCAAGGGGCUCAGGGCGGUGAACCAGCCCUUGAAAUGCAAGGGGCUGCCAUGGAAACGUUGAGUUGACGUUGGACCAUCCCGAACUGGUGCAGCUUGUGUUCUCAAGCAGUAAAGUCUCCCUGUGCUCUAACGGUCCUUCUGUAGGAAGCGUUGCAUUAAAAUGUCUUGUUUCCAUACAUGAGAGCUGCUGUUUGGGGAGGGGGAGGAAGAGGAGCUCAGUGUUUCAAAGAAGGAUGAAUUUUUUGUUCAGCUGGGGAACUGUAGACAUACGUUCACAAUCAAUCAAACUCACGAAUGGGGCCUUUUUAUUUCCUAACAAACAAAAGGGUGUUAGCCUCUCACUACCUGGAAAUCCCAGAAAAUUUCAGCAGGGGUGUAUCAUAGAACAUUGUUUUUUAGCCUCUGUCAUUCAGCAAAGAUGAAAAUGUUCUGUACUUCCCUAUGAGGAACACAUUCCUAUAUAUUUCUUUAAUUAAGAAUCUGUUCUUUGCUGCUUGGGACUCUUCUUCAUGUGUAACUGUAAGAGAAGGACUCUCUGAGCAGUUGCUGCUUUAAUCAGGUCUCCAUGGCUACUUUUCAAUAAGAACUGUGCCUUUUUGUGUUUUAACAAGAUAGUUUGGAUACAUGUAUUUAUUUUUUCCAACGCUGUUGAUAUUUAUUUUAGAAAUACAUUGUUUGUUUGCAAAUUUUAUUUUUAUAAUGCAACUGAUUUGACGCAUGUGUUUUUGGCAUAACUGUGAUUUUAUUUUCUUUAAAAAAACUGUAUGUAAAUAGGCAAACCUUUCUCCAUAGAAGAAGUGGUUUCCUCCUCGCAGGACUGCCUUGAAAACUCCUUCACCUUCUCCCUUCCAAACACCCGCAGAGAGAACAUGUUCUGUCAUGUGCUAUGUGUGGUCUGUUUGGUGUCUGCGCACUGACUGCCGGCACUAAAACAUGCACCAGUCUCCGUGUGUGGCCCCAGGGACGUGACAAACCCUGUCACCUUCCUCGUUGUCGCCAUGAACCUUUGUGUCACUGUGUCUUGUAGAGCAGAAGCUCCUUGGGGCAGGGACCAGCUCCGAGCCGGAGCUGAGCGCAGCGGCGGCACUUAAUAAAAAGAUUCAAUUUGCAUUUUCUUGUUUUCUCUUAAAGGAUCAGAGAAAGAGCUGAAUAUGAAGACCUGUAAAAUGUCUGUCUCUCUGUCCUCUGGAAGUAUUCUUAAGAAAAAUAAAACCGCUGAAUCAAGCAA